GACUAUUUAAUAGCUUUAUUACAAGGCCACCUCAUAGCUCCAGAGUCACCAGUUCAAUUCUGAGCUUGGGUUUUGUAUGUUCUCCCUAUUUCCUUAUGGGAUUUCUGUCCAGGGUGCCCCUUGCCUUGUACCCCGAGUUCCCUGGGUUAGGCUCCAGGGGGUGUAUUACAGAAAGAGCCUAAUUAUAGAAUCCUAUCUUAUCUGUUUGGUAACCAUGGUGAUUUUAGUUAGGACCUCACUGACUACGUUUACAUGGACAGCAAACAUAGAUCGAUUAAUGGCACUCGUCAUUACGUCCCCACGCCACGCCGUCCGACGUUCCUUCCAGAAAUUCAUGUAUCAACAUACAGUUCGUCUUCAUUAUGAAGGUGGCCUUGAUCCAGCUAAAUGGGGUGGACUGAUCGAGCACAGGAUCUCCAACAAUGAUGACUUCAGCGAUGCAGUAAACCAGGAAAUGUGCAGUCCAGACGAAGAAACUGGAAGCUCUGUAAAUGAAGAAAGAGAUUUUCAAUCUGAUUUGUAUGAAAAUAAUGAAGACGAAAUUACCCAGUCAAGUCAGAACUCCUCCCCUUCACCUGAGACCCUUGAUGCCCCUAAAGACAUUGUAGAGUGGGAACCACAGGCAAACAAUGAGCUAAAUAAAUCAGAGGACGAAUCAGGAGAGUCUGAUUCUGAACUUAAUCCGGAGUUAAAUUCAUACAGAGGAACUGCAGAUGUUGACAUAUGUGCUGAAGAACUGAAUAAAAUGGAAAAGGUUGAAAAGCAAAUGCUAGAAAAUGUGCCGGAGCAUGCCAGUGUCGAUGACGAAAAUGAGACAGCAGAAAAAGAGCUCGAUCCCGUAACCCUGUCAUCAUAUCGUGGUCUCGCAGAUGUAGAUGUGUGCUCUGAAGAACUGCAGUCUACUUUGCAGGAAGAGGAGCACACUGAGGGCAGUGGAGACGUGACUGGAGCUGAUGCAGGUUUUAUUCCACCCUCAGAAAGCCCAGACCCUGUCCUAGUUGAGCAAGAUGUCCUAGAUUCCCAUGAUGAAUUCACUCUGACUGGUACUGAGACUUCAGUAUAUGUUGAACAGGAUGUUGAUAAAGAAUUAAAUGACAUUUCUUGUAAUGAAAAAACAAUUGCAUCCCCUGUUAAAGAGGACGAAAUUGAUGAAACUGGUCAUCUUCCUGACGAUGUCAGAGAAAUGACUAAUAUUUUAUUUGAUGAUGCUGGGCCAGAAAUUCAUCAUGUUGAGCAGCUACAUCUAAACGAAGGAGCAGAAAGUAUCAGUGUGUCAGAAGAGGCACAAACUUUUGAUGAAACAAAUACAGAUGAAAUACCAUUGGGGGUUGAAAACCAGCAAGCAAGUGUCAUUUUGGCAGCUGAAGCUAUGAGUGAAUCAUCGUUCAUUCUGGAAAAAGACAGUCUAACAGACAGGAGAAACAAAGAUAAGCCAGGAAUUGAGGAUUUUGUGAAUGUAGCAUCUGAACUUCAGGAGGAACAUAAUGAUUUUGAAAGUGUCAGUGAUAUCAUUGCUGCCACUGAUGAAAGAGAUUCUCAGACUGAUAUGCAGGAAGAUGAGACAAAUGAUGAUAAACAGACUGACCCAAAAGAUAUAUUUGAAACAAUCCCUGUGGAGAAUAUGGAAGGCCUGGUGGACAAUCCCACUGGCUUUUCAGAUGAGGACAUGAACAAGGAUGACACUAGAACAUCUCAAAAUGUAGAUGAAGUUGAGGAUACCAGUGAAAUUGAUGAAGGAAGUAAUGGUGUGAAUGCACCUGAGACACAGGAAGACAAUUUGUUUUACAGUACAUUCACUCAUGAAUCUAAAGCAACGCUUCCUGUUCCUACAUCUGAGGAAACUGAGCAGGACAUGGAGGUCAACUAUAAACAAUCUGCUACAGAUUCACAAGAGCACACAGAGGAAACGGAAACAGCUACAGAUUACGAAGAGUCUGAACAUCAAGAGGACAUGGUCUAUGAGCCCAUACUUGAAAGUGAGAACAAGGAGGUGGACCAACAGGAGGAGAGCAGCCAGCCUCAGGAAGAAGAGGACAUCAUGGACAUCCCCCUGGAUGACCCAGAGGCCAACAAGGCAGCUGCCAAGAUCCAGGCAGGUUUCCGUGGCCACAUGACCCGGAAGAAGUUGAAACCCGGUGAUAAACCCGGGGAGGAGGUGAGCAGCACUGGUGAGACGCUCAACGGCAGCCAGGGGGACGCAGCAGGGGGAUCAGAAGGAGUAGAGACAGAUGAGACAUCCGUGCCAGAGCAGUGAGGAUUCUUCUCUCUGGGGACAGCAGUUCCUGGAGACCUUUUUAUGUAGAGACAAGCCGUAAAUGUAUGUUGGAUCUCUCAUCUGAAAUAUGAUCGCACAUUCUUUAUAAUUCAGUCUCUCUUUCUCUCUCUCUCUCUCUCUCUCUCUCUCUCUCUCUCUCUCUCUCUCUCUAUCUAUUUUUCUUUUUCUUUAUCUUUUUUUUUCUGCUUCUUAUCCAGUCUAAGGGGAAUAACUGUCCCAAACCAGCAUGCAUUUGCAUCUCACUGGGCAUGAACUUGGUGCACUUGUACUCUUCCUGAUUGUGUGCUAGUCCAAAUGUUGGUGUGAAAGCGACAAGGAAUGCCCGUAAGGGUUUUAAUAUGUACUGCUCGUCUCUGAUAUAUUUUAGACUUGAAAUUAUGUAUCACAGCUGUCUUUUGUAUUUUCAAUUUGCUUGAAAGUUUGCCUCAUAGUGGUGGUUAUUAUGUAGUAUACAUUAUGUUUAAGUACUUUAAUCUUUCAUUUGUGUGUGUGUGUGUGUGUGUAUAAUUUAUUGAAUGCUAUUCUAUGUUUAUUGCUCUUAUGAAUCUGCUUUAACUUAUGAUAAUGUGUUAAAUGUUUGCUUUGCUCCCUUUAAUAUUUAUCCUCUCAGUCUGUAGAAUCAGAAAAAAAAAAAUCAGAGCUUCCAACUCAGCAUUUAGCAUGGCUGGCCUUCUGUUCUUUCUUCAUUUUUUUUUUUUUUUAAAUAAUCAAAGUUGCUGUAUUUCAAGGAGUUUAAGAAUUUUGAUUUGACUAGGAAUGUAUGUUUUAUUAAUGGUUAUAAAGAUCACCUUGCAUGUACACAAUGGAAUGACGCAUUAGCAGUAAACUGAAUAAAAAGCUCUGAAAAUGUA